GCGAACAAAAUAGGUUUACCUUUAGUUCAGGAACAGAUUCCAUUAAGGCCAUCUUCCUCUUCACAGAUCAAAGCUUCUUCAGCGAAUGGAAAUAAAGCAUUUGCUCCUUUUAAUGCUGAUAAUUAUAACUCAUUUAUGGUGAAAGUUUUCAAAGAUGCGAGCAAAAGGCAUUCCAUAAUGAAGUUCAACACAAAAGUUGAUUUAUCCACUAUAACCAAGGCCCAUCUGAUGCGCGAGAGAAACACAGUUGAAUUGAAAGAAGAGGAAAUGCCAAAGUUUGGAGCUGGAAGUGAAUAUGGACGGGAACAAAGAUUGGAGGCACUAAGAAAGAAACGAGGCUACUCCAAAAAAAAAGUCAAGGAUGAGGAUUUGCCAUGGCUUUUGAAGAUUGGUGGUAAAGGUGGCAAGAUGUACAAAGGCGUAAAAGAAGCUACAAUGGUUCAGAACGCUGCUUAUUACAUAUUCACUCAGGCUGAUGAUGGAUCGUUCGAAGCCCACCCAGUCGACUCACAGUACAGGUUCACUCCGGUCAUCAACUAUAGAACGCUUACAGCAGACGAAGCGGAGGAGGAAUUUUCAUUGAGAAACAGAACCAUCAACUAUUUCUCGCUCAUGGUAAAGAAAAGACUAACCGAUGCAGAGGAAAAAGAUGAAGAAAUUGUUAUUCCUAAAGUGAAGUCGAAAGUUGAUAAGCUGCAAAUCUAUAAUGACGAUGAUCUACUCGAUGUAUCGGAUGAUGAAGGUGAAGAAGAUGACCAGGAACAUAUGGAUGAAGAAAAGUUCAAGAAAGCUAAGAAAAAGUUGGGAAAGACCAGAAAAUCAGAGAAAGAUGAUGGUGGUAGCGACUUUGAUGAAAUGGAAGAUGGCUACGAAGACUCAAAAGAGCACGAUUAUUCUGAAAAUAUGUCUUCCGACGAUGAAAUCAAAAUAGAAGAUGAUGGGAAACCAAAGGCUGAAGAUGAUCUAAAUGCUCAACUUAAUCCAGAUAGCGAAGACGACAGUGAGCUCGAAGAGGAUAGAUUAAGCAAGGGAGGUUUGGUAUUGAAAGGUAUGCUGAAGCAGAAUGAUGAUAGUUCAGAAGAUGAUGAAGAUGAUAUGGAUAGUGAUGAAGAUCCAACAAAGUCUGCUGUAUUACUACAAGGGCAAAAGAAGAAAGGUAAAAAGGUUGAAAGUGCAUCUAGCACAUCAUCAAGUAGCAGAUCUGGUACACCAGUUAAAGGUGUUGAAUCUGCUGACAAGACCAUUGCAGAUGCUGCUAACAAGUUGAAGGAUAUUAACCCAUCAGGAAAGAAGCGCACGAAGAACUCUCCCGGAGACGAAACUCCAAGCAAAAAAGCUCGUAAAGAUACUGAUAGUCCGAUAUCUCGCGCAGCUAGUGGCAGCUCUUUGUCAUCACGUGUUUUGAAUGAACCUGAGAGACCGUCAUCCCGAGGAGCCGCUGAGUCUGGAAUUACAGAGGAGGCAGUCCGCCGCUAUCUUUCGCACAAACCAAUGACCACCAAGGACUUACUGAAGAAAUUUAAGACCAAGAAAACUGGCUUGUCCAGUGGGACGACAGUACAGCAGAUAGCUGCCAUCUUAAAGAAAAUCGUUCCAGAACAAAAAAUGAUCAAAGGAAAACUCUAUCUUUCUUUAAAACGGACCUAGUUGUUAAUAUUGCAUGCUUGUGCGUUCUAACUGUCGUAUUUUGUAUAAUAUUUCGUGACUGUGAAUCAUUUUCUGCACAUAGUAUCAUCAAUCAUCAUUUUAUUGGUCAUA